GACGGGUUUCCACUGACUAUAUGGUGGUUGGUGUUAUUAGCAACCUACUUGUUUGAAAAAGUAAAAAUGGUUUGGAUAUUGGUUUUACUACUCUACUUUAAUACCUGAAUAUCACUUCCCCAUUCUCCCUGUAUCUGUCUCUCUCUCUUUAGUCUUUUCGCUCAGUUUGACUCUCUCUGUCUCUCCAAUCCCCCUUCUGUCUCUAUCCGUACAGUUCAAGAUGGUGCGGUCUGUGGAAGAACGUAGGCAGCUAAGCACCAUACAAGACCUUAAGGACAAUGGCUUCGGCCAGCCUCCCCCACGACAUGGACUCAGGCUCCUCUACUGGUUCGCCACUGAUUGCGUGGAGUUCAAUCAACACGGCAACAUGCUGUUACGGUGCAAUCUUAAGGAAGAGCACUUCGGCUUCCACUACUUUGGCAACUAUGAGAAAAUUCUCCCGGACCUCACGGGCCGCACGGAACGCUACUUCGAGGUGGGCAACCUGAACACAGCGAACUAUCCCAAAGCCGAGGACCUACCGAAGUACGUGAGAGAGUACUCCCAGGGCGACCAGAGCCAAUGCAACAAGGACCGCAUCAUCAUAAGGCUGAAGCAGGGGGACGUGAUGGCCACCUAUGUCACCGAGCACAAGCAGGGCGGCCGCCGGGGGGAGUUUGACGCCAAACGCACCCACCUUGUAAAUCCGGAUUUGAUACGGAUGAUUCGGGAUGCUGAGCUUGAGACAUUCCUGGACCAGACGAAAAAAAUGGAUGUCAUCUCGUUGAAGUUUGACUCCGAACACUCAAAACGAUCUCGUCCAGACCAGACAACUUGGGACAAUUCGGUCCGGACCCUUUUGGAUCCGGAGCAGGACGCGACCAUGUCCCCGCCGGGACUAUCGCUGAGAAAACGGUGUUCCAGAUCCUGCAAAGUCUUUAGCGUCAUCCUAGUGGUUUCCCUGGUCAUCACUUUGACCGUUUUGGCAAUUUUAGGGAAGUUGUAGAAAUAGUAGUCAUUGUAGCCCUUGUGCUGCUGUGUGUCCAUCAGGGUCAGGAAGUAAACAGAAAUUCAAAUGGACAUUUUUCUUAGCGGAAAAGCUUUGAGAAAUGAAAUUGACCCCAACCCUGAGGUCCAUCGAUCAUUUCUCAGGGGUAAAUGAAAUUGACCCCAACCCUGAGGUCCAUCGAUCAUUUCUCAGGGGUAAAUGAAAUUGACCCCAACCCUGAGGUCCAUCGAUCAUUUCUCAGGGGUAAAUGAAAUUGACCCCAACCCUGAGGUCCAUCGAUCAUUUCUCAGGGGUAAAUGAAAUAUUAUUAUGUUUCAUGAUUAUUUUAACUCAAUUCUUAUAGCACAUUACUCUUGUAUUUGUCUUUCUGCACUCGCACUUGUUUUUCUCACUGGCACGGAUUUUCCUUGCAAUGACUGUGAUAUGUGGUUGUCUUUACCUUCCUUAGUUGAAUGUGUAGCAAUAUUGACGUUACUCAUAUUGAUGUUACACAGGAAACGGAAACCAGUUGUUGCUUACUUUAUUAAUGUGCUGGUUGACAACAUGCCUAAAAGUAAAGUUUGCUUAACUAUAUAUCUUUGUCUGUCGUGACUACAACACAAAGCAUAUUGAAACAGAAUUCAUUGACUGUAAGUCACUUUGGAUAGGAGUGUCGGCUAAAUGACUAAAAUGUGAAAUGUAAUGUUACCUUUUUUAUAUUUUUUUAUCAAUAAGAUAUUAUCAGAUUUUUUAUGUGACGAUUUAGAAUAAAAUGCAAAGAAGACAAGUUUAA